GGACGGGAAGUGAAGUUGAAGCUUUCGGGCGGACUAAGCGAGGCUCCGGAUUGGUCGAUAGAGUCUGGCCGGCACCUCACGCCAUUGAUGAAGGCUGAGGCAUGAAUCGGUUGGGUUGAGAUUCUGCAAGAGUGUCUCUUUUCUAUUGCUGUCCCUUUAUAUUCAAUCUCAAAUCAUCUCCAUUCUGACUCGACUGAUUCCUGCUCAUGAAGCUUUCGAGGGAAAAGUUGAUGCCUCAGGUAUCAGACACGUGACCGAGGCCCUCUCGACGGGCAAGCAGCUACUCUCUCGUCUCGAAACAGCUUUGUCCUCGACAGCACCCCUCCAGUGGCCAUGGCGACGUCGGGCCAGAUCAAGCGCUCAUCUUCUCAUCUAGAAGCAGCUGAUAAUAAGCGACCCAAACACCACUAUCAUCACCAUCACCGCCUCGCCGAACCAGUGACUCUGCCGCAAGCCUGCGAGCCCGCCUUGCAAGAUGACGACAAUAUCGACCACAUGAUGAACCGAUCGAUAGGGCAUUAUCUUCGAGAUGCGGGAUUUGAACUAGCUGAUCCAGCUGCUUUGUCCAGCUUCCGCAGCGCCGCGGAAGAGUAUCUGUUACACAUUUCCCAAUUCGUUCGCCAGUCCAUGCUAUCCUCACGACGUCUCCAACCAAUUCCACAAGACUUUGAAUACGCGUUGAAUCAUCAUCACAUCACUCCCGAUGACCUCCGUCCGUAUCUCAAGUUACCCCCAACCGUCACGCCAAUCCCUACCCUCCUUCCAUCUCCACCUCCCGAGGAUGAAAUAAAACGGAAACUUCCCUUCUUGAAUGCGCUACGAGGCGAAGAGAGCGAGACCAACCGGUCAUAUGUGCCCAAGCACUUCCCCGACUUUCCAAGCAAACAUACCUACUCCUCCACUCCCGUGUUCACCGAGCGCGACAACGACCCGCGCAAGAUCCGCGAGCGUGCCGCAGAAGACGGACGGCAUGGCGAAGAGGCCUUGCGAAAGUUGGCCAGCGCCGCGUAUCGCGACAGUCCGACUGGCGCGAUAGGGCGGGACAAGAAGCUCUGGGGCCGGCGCAUGGAGAGUAUGGAGACUAUGUUUGAGAAGACGAUGAAGGGACUGGCGAAGAAAGUACAGAAAGACCCGCUCGCCACAACUACGAAUGCCAUGGAGAUUGAUUCAGUCCCGACCUUGGACGCAGACGCGAAGGCUCGGGCUAAGGGAUUGUUGAACACUGAGAUGGGGCCGAUUGUCAAUUGUGAACGAGACUAUUGGCGGCGAACAACGGCGGCCGGGAGACGAGGUACCGAGGACAAGACGCCGAAGCCGAAUCCAGCUGUCGAGGCUGUGGAUGGCACAGUGGGCAGAUGAGAUGACGGCGCUGAAGGGGUCAGGCCCUGACAAAAGAUUACAUUCUCGGCGUUCUCGCGUUUCCUUUUAUAUUUGGGUCCUUUGGUUGUUUUCUUGGGCUGGCGCGUUUUGUGUAUGAUUUCGGAGUCGUUCUUGAAGAGAUAGAUACCCCAUGGCAGUUGCAGCAUGACAAUGAUUGUUUGAUUUUCAUUCUUUCCCUCGUAAUCCCAUAAACUCCGCCCAAUGCAAGAAGCUCAAUAUCAGUGUAUGCUCUAUCCAGAGAGAUGCUUUGAUCCAUCAUGAUUUUGUCUCCGUCGCCUUCUUUUGGCGCUCUUCCGCGGCUAUCCUGAUC